AAGUGUAACAAAAGACUUCGCAAUGAAUAAUGAUUUGAUGAAUUUGGACGAUCUCUUUUUUAACAUUUCCGGCGACCAACAGAACGAGAGUUACAUUUAUAAUAAUCGUAGUAGACUGGACGGGGAGGGCUGCGCGGUCGAGAGUCUGCUAUUUUACAAUACCAGUCUGGGAGUCGUCACCGCAGUGCCGGAGUGGGAGGCUCUCACGACCAUCACCGUGCUCGCCGUGGUCAUACUUGGCACCAUCUUCGGGAAUAUUCUCGUUAUACUUGGCGUGUUCACAUACAAGCCACUCAGAAUAGUGCAGAACUUUUUCAUCGUCUCAUUAGCGGUAGCCGACCUAGCGGUGGCCGUAUUAGUGAUGCCCCUUAAUGUCGCCUACUCCACACUCGGACGGUGGCUGGGCGGAAAACAUCUUUGCAAAAUGUGGCUCACUAGCGACAUAAUGUGCUGUACUUCCUCCAUAUUAAACCUUUGUGCGAUCGCAUUAGACAGAUACUGGGCUAUCACGGACCCCAUUAACUACGCGAACAAAAGGACGCUAAAAAGGGUCAUGCUCCAAAUCGGUGGAGUGUGGAUAUUGUCUCUGAUUAUAAGUUCGCCGCCGCUGCUCGGGUGGAACGACUGGCCGGACGAGUUCACCGAGGAGACCCCGUGCCGGCUCACCUCCGAGCCCGGCUACGUCGUCUACUCAUUCUUUGGAUCCUUCUUCGUCCCGCUCGUGAUCAUGACUAUCGUAUACAUAAAGAUAUUCCUGGCGGCGAGGCAGCGGCUCCGGCGGCGCACCCUCGCGGCGCGCGUCUACAAACGGAAACCCCUCGUGGUCGUUGAAAAUUCCGACAAUAAUGAACCCAUUAGGGAAGAAUCCGAGAAUGAUAACGACUCCGAUAGCAGCCAAAGUAUCAAAAGGUGCCAAAGAAAAGCGUUUAUGGACAUUAAGCGGAAUUUCUUCGUUCCCCUGCUAUUGUUGCACGAUCCAAUAGCGCGGCAAAAAAUGGAGUCAGACGCGGAGGAGGCGAUGAAGCCAACGACUCCGGAUACGUACGGGAGCAGGGUGAUUGAUUCUAUCAGGAGAGUGAGUCAGAAGCGCCGGCGGCCGGGGAAGCCCCUGCUGGCCAGCGUGAGCAACAGCGGGGAUGUAGUUCAUCAGUUUAUUGAACAAAAACAAAAAAUAUCUCUGUCAAAGGAGAGGCGCGCGGCGCGCACUCUCGGCAUCAUUAUGGGUUCCUUUGUAGUGUGCUGGCUUCCGUUCUUCUUAAUGUAUGUAUUCUUACCCUUCUGUCCGUGGUGCUGCCCUAGCAACAAACUUAUAAAUUUUAUAACAUGGCUCGGAUAUUUAAACUCGACUCUGAACCCUGUAAUUUAUACAGUAUUCAACUUAGAUUUUAGACGAGCUUUCAAGAAGCUUUUAGGCUUUAGUGAAUGAUUUCCCGCCAUUCGUAGUCGAAUAAAUGUAAAUAUUUCUAACGGAAAAUCAAUAAAUAUCCCAUUACGAAUAAGUAAAUUGUUUGCAGACACUUUAUUUAGAAAGAUUGAUUGUUUUGUUGAAUGUAACCUUUUUGUAAAGUAAUGCUUGGAAUCGUUCCAUUA